AUGCACAACAAGACUGUAGUCUGGCCACUUGGUCAAAUCCGCCUACUUACUGAACGGAAAGGAAGAAAAUAUGGAGUUCUUUAUCACAUUGUGAAGCAAGAUUUGACACCCCUCCUCUGUCGAACGACGUGUGAAAAGAUGAACCUGGUCAAAAUCUUGGAUGCUGACGUAAAUGCGAUUCACGACGAAAGAAUUGACGUCUCGUCAAAUGUUAGAAGUGAUCCUAUCCUAUAUGAAUUUACCGAUAUCUUCACUGGAAUUGGCUGCCUUGAAGGAACCUACUCCAUUCAAGUGGACGAAGGUUUCCGCCCGGUGGUACAUCCCCCUCGUAAAGUGCCAGUCCCACUUCGAGAUACCCUCAAGUUAGAGCUGGAUAACAUGGUGAAGAGUGGUAUCCUCGCCAAGGUAGUUGAACCGACAUCAUGGGUCUCUAGCCUUGUCAUAGUGAAGAAAUCUAACGGGAAAAUACGAGUAUGUCUGGAUCCUCGAGAUCUCAACCGCGCAGUGAAACGCUCGCAUUAUCCACUUCCAACUAUUGAGGAAGUAGCAACUCGCCUUAGUGGUGCUAAAGUCUUUAGCGUGUUAGAUGCCAAAUGUGGAUUCUGGCAGGUACAACUUGAUGAAAAGAGUAGUUACUUGACAACCAUGAACACACCUUUUGGUCGCUAUCGAUGGCUCAGAAUGCCAUUCGGAAUAAACUCAGCCCCAGAAGUAUGGCAACAACGAAUGCACGAGCUAGUAGAAGGACUCGCAGGUGUUGAAGUCAUCGCCGAUGAUUUCCUAGUUUGCGGUUUUGGAGACUCUAAUGAAGCUGCAAUUGCCAACCAUGAUCAGAAUCUCAAGGCUUUCCUCAGUCGCGCAAGAGAAAGAAACCUCACUCUCAACAGCGAGAAGUUGAAACUUCGACAGUCACAAGUUCCUUUCAUAGGACACCUCCUUACAGCGGAAGGUCUAAAACCUGACCCGUCAAAGGUACAAGCUAUAGUGGACUAUCCAGUGCCUACCAAUCUCGCUGAACUCAGAACGUUUCUGGGAAUGGUGCAGUAUCUGGCGAAAUUCUGCCAACAUCUGUCUACAGCAUCACAGCCCUUAAGACAGUUGGAAAAGAAGGAAAUAGAAUGGCAUUGGCAACACCCCCAAGAUAAAGCCUUCAAGGAGAUAAAAGAGCUCAUCACUAAAGCCCCAGUCCUACAGUACUUUGACGUGAGUAAGAAUGUCACUAUACAGUGCGAUGCCUCACAGUAUGGCAUUGGCGCAACUCUACUUCAGGAAGGACAGCCAGUUCACUACGCCAACAGGGCACUGACGUCGACAGAGCAAAAUUACGCACAGAUUGAGAAGGAGCUCUUAGCUGUUGUAUUCUCUUGUGAGCACUUCGAGCAUUACAUUUAUGGCAAGCACGUCACAGUCGAAACAGAUCACAAGCCACUGAUUGCUAUACAGAAGAAGCCAAUCAAUACAGCUUCUAAGAGAUUACAGCGUAUGAUGCUACGUCUUCAAAGAUUUGACCUGAAUCUCACUUACAAGCCAGGCAAAGAGAUGUACAUCGCUGACGCACUUUCUCGCGUUCUACCUAAGCAGUCAAAGGUACCAAAUGCUAGCACCUCAUCCUGCUAUAAAGAUCUAGAAACUGUCAACUUUGUUGAAGACUUAUCGAUAUCAGAGUCGACACUUGCCAAGUUUCAAGUGGAAACGGCCAAGGAUGAAUCUUUACUAGCGUUGUCACAAGUUAUACGCGCUGGCUGGCCUACAAAAACUUCCAUGGUACCUACAAGCGCACAGCUUUUCUUCAAAUACCGAGAUGAAAUGACGCUCCAAAAUGGCCUAGUUUUCAAAGGAACGAAGAUCGUUGUCCCAGAGAGCCUUCGCCGUGACAUGAUAGAGGAAACACACAAGUCCCAUCAGGGACUCCAAGCAUGCCUUCGAAGGGCCAGAGAGGUUUUCUUCUGGCCAGGAAUGUCUGCACAACUCAAGAAUCGUAUUGAUAAAUGCUCUAUAUGCCAAAGUGUGAGACCUGAACAAGCCAGUGAACCUCUUCAGCCUCACCCAGUUCCUGACAGGCCAUGGCAACGAGUUGGAACAGAUUUGUUUACCUUCGAGAACCGAAACUACCUCGUAUUAGUUGAUUACUACAGCAACUUUAUCGAGCUGGAUCAUCUUGCCGAUACUACGUCCCAGACAGUCGUUCACAAGCUGAAGAUGCAUUUUUCGCGACAUGGGGUACCCGAUUACGUAGUUUCUGACAACGGUCCUCAGUACUCAUCCUCAGAGUUCCGAAGAUUUGCAGUAACGUGGAAGUUCACUCAUAUCACCACCUCACCACACUAUCCACAAGCUAAUGGGAUGGCCGAAAGCGCAGUCAAAACCUGCAAGACUUUAAUGAAGAAAGCUCUUCUGUCUCAAUCCGAUCCAUAUCUUGGUUUAUUGGAUCACCACAACACCCCCACUGCUGCGACAGGUAUGUCUCCAUGCCAACGACUUUUUGGUCGCCGAACUAAGACACUUCUACCCUUCUCAGAGUCUUUACUCAAGACUGACCAAACAGUUAGUGAUCUUCUCAAAAGGGAUCGUGUCAAGCAAGCGAAACAUUUCGACCAACAUGCUAAACAACUCUCAGAACUCAAAUCAGGUGACAUAGUGCGCAUGAAGAUGCCUGGAGAAACAAAGUGGUCAAAAGCAGUUGUUUCUUCUAAAGUGGCAUCUCGCAGUUACAAGGUUGAAGUCAAUGGUAGAUUCUACAGGCGUAAUCGCAAGCAGUUGCGUUCUACCAUGGAACCACUUCAAGAAACCCCCUUCAAAAUGGACGAAGAUGACCUGACCGUUCCAGACAAUCUGCAGGAACAGGACCAACCCCCUCCAGCAAGUUCUCAAGUAGGAACAUCCAUGUCCCCUCCAAGAUCUCAACUACCCCCAACACCUCAAACAGAGCUGAGUGCAAGACCACCUCACGAAGCUACUACAACUGAAAUACGGACACGACAUGGACGAUUGAUCAAGCCACCUAAAAAGUUUGACAUUGAGUUAUAG